AUGUGUAACCCCUCACCCGCUCCUCCUCUUCCUCACCCUCUCACAGCAGCCCUGUUUUUCUGCUCUUCCUCCUGGGACAACCUAGAGGUCGAGGACGUCGUCCCCCAUGGACCCCUCCUCUUCCUCUCUCUCCUUCGUCCCUCACCCCAUCCCCACUAACAUCCCCCUUAGCAGGCCCCACCCUCCUCCUUUCUAUUUCCUCUCCCCUCACUCCUUCAUCUGCAGCAGUUUGAGUUAGAGAGUCACAGAUUCUUCCUCCUCUUCCUCUUCUCUGGACUCGAACAUCUGACUAUCUGCAGAGAGGAAGAGAGAGAGAGAGAGUGUGUGUGUGUGCGUGUGUGUGUAAUUGAAGCUCUGAACCAAAGAGACUUUUCUUCUCACAUCCGCUCUGCACAGACAGCUGCCCCCCCACCUUCCCCUCCUCAAACCUUUUUCAUCCCCCAUCCUCCUCACCCUGCCUCAUUUUCUUACCUUCUCACUCUUAUUCUCACCUUUCUCUCCUUCCUCGUGUUCCUUUAUAUUCUCACCCGCCUCACCCUCUCAUCCUUUUACUCCCUCAAUCCCUAAACCCUCCUAAACAUCUGCUUUACCUUCCUCACCCUCACCCUUUUCUCCAGAGGUGUCACCAUCUCUCUCAUCUUGUCUCCCACCUUACUCUCUUCUUGAACUCCUCAACUCUCUCACCUCACAUACGUUCUCCCUGUACUCACUCUCUGAAUGGCUUCACCUUUUUGACCUCCUCACCCUUCACCUUUCUCUCUCUCUUUACUCUCUCACUGCUCAAUCUCACCCUUCUCACCCUCUCAGUCAAUUAUCAUACUCACCCCACAUCAUCUGAAUUGUUGUCCUCACCCUAUUUAAUCACUCUCAAGUCUUACUCACCCUCUUCAUCAUCUUACUGCAAAUUUCCAACCCUCCCCCACCUUCUCACCUUCUCCUCUCCCCACACUUUCACUCACUUCCUCACCCUCUUCCUCCUCCUGGAAACUUCACGUCUCCCAUCAUCAUUGUCUCACCCUUUCUUCUUCUCUAUCUCCUUCCACUUUGCUCUCCUCACCCCCCUGCCUCCCCCCAGGUUCCAUAUUUCUGCCGUUCUUCUUCCCCUGCUGCUUGUUUGUCAAACUUAUUCUUUUUUUUUUUUUUUUGCUUUUUUUUUUAGGAAUUCAAAAAUGUUGACAGCGGUGACAUGUCCACAAUGGCGUCGCCGGCGUCAGGCAACGGCGACGUCUACGUCCUGCCCCUCACUGAGGUGUCGCUGCCUCUGGCCGUGCAGCCUGCACCGUCAGUCCAGCUCCUUCAGCCCACGGACCUGGGCCGCCGCAAUCUCUUCUACCUGAAGGAGAUUGGAAAUGGCUGGUUUGGUAAGGUCCUGCUGGGUGAAAUCAACCCAGGUCUGACCUCCACUCAGGUGGUGGUGAAGGAGCUGAAGACCAGCGCCAGUGUCCACGAGCAGAUGCACUUCCUGGAGGAAGCCCGGCCUUUUCGUACUCUGCAGCAUCCUGCUCUGCUGCAGUGUUUGGUCCAGUGCACUGAGGUCUCUCCUUACCUGCUGGUCAUGGAGUUCUGUCCACUGGGUGAUGUGAAAGGUUACCUUCGAGGCUGCAGGAGAGGAGAGGUCGUGACCCCCGAACCGCUGGUUCUCCAGCAGAUGGCCUGUGACAUCACUGCGGGACUUUUACACCUGCACAAGCAUGGCUUCACGCACAGUGACCUGGCGUUGAGGAACUGUUUGCUGACCUCCGACCAUUCAGUGAAGAUUGGAGAUUAUGGUCUGUCUCAAACAAAGUACAAGGAGGAUUAUUACCUGACCUCAGACCAGAGCUAUGUGCCACUGCGCUGGAUCGCUCCAGAACUUGUGGAUGAAGUGCAUGGAAACCUGCUGGUGUCUGAACACACACCUCAGAGCAACAUUUGGUCUCUGGGCGUGACCAUCUGGGAACUGUUUGAGUUUGGGAACCAGCCGUACAGGAACUACACGGACAGACAAGUCCUCGCCUACACAGUCAAAGAGCAGCAGCUGAGACUGAAGAUCCCGCUGCUCAGAGUACCGUUAGCUGAGCGCUGGUAUGAGGUCAUGCAGUUCUGUUGGCUGCAGCCAGAGCAGAGACCCACUGCGGAGGAGGUCCACCUGCUGCUCACCUACCUGUGUGCCAAAGGUGCCAGUGAGGCAGAGGAGGACUUUGAGAGACGCUGGAAUUCAAUGUGUCCCAACACUGGCCACCACAGACCUUCUGCUCUGUCUCAGGACCACCCGUCAUUGUCCUCGUCCUCCUUCCCUCUCCUGGAGCAGUUUUCAGCUGGUGAUGGAUACCACUCUGGGGAUGACGUACUCACUGUCACAGAAACCAGCCAAGGUUUAAACUUUGAGUACAAGUGGGAGCAAGCCAGAGCACAGCAGAUCUGUAGACCCCCAGAGUCCUCUUGUAGUCUCGGCCAGGUAGACCAUCGUUGUCCGGACACGUUUUACCCACCAGGUGGCAUUAUGGGAAGCUGUGCCCUGGAGAGCCUUAGCCACGGAGUCUCUUCUUCCUACUACGAACCAAAACAUCUCCAUGCUCCCGGUGUACUUCCUGUUCUCAGUGCCCACAGCCCCUCAGUGAACAGCGAGUACUACAUCCGCAUCGAAGAACCAGUCGGGUGUCCCAUGGAUCCUGACUACACCAUUGGCUCCUACAGCCCAGAGUACCAGGGCAGUAGUGGCAGUUUCCUGACAGGAAGUGCAGACUCUGGUGAGUGCGUGUCUUGCCCGUCACUACCGACCACCAACAUGGGCUCCUAUUGGUCCGCUGAAAUCCACAGGUCAGAGAUCUACGACUCCAGUGACUCCAGUCCUGCCAUUUCCCUGACCAUGGAACCACUUCUAGGUCACGUGACACACAACAGCCCUCUGCGAGCCUGGGAGUCGAGCCACUACGUGUCGUACAAAGACAGAGACGGCGGUUACUACUUUGAGAACUCUCCACCUUUAGCAGUAGAUCCUUAUCUGAUGGGAGACGAGCAGUCGAGCAUCGAGCACCUUCAGGAGAGCUGGGGCUCAAGGAGCUUGCGUCAGGCCUUGGGUGAACUGGAACACCCAUUGGGUCUAAUGCCCUCUGUAGGGAGUCCACCUGACCUAGCCUACAGAGACCCCUAUCUGGACACCGGUCAGACCUCUAUUAUUGGGAAGAACUUGACUGGAGGCUACUACGACAUGAUGGGCUCACUAAGGAAAACCAUGCCGAGCCACACAAGGCACAACAGCCACUCUGUUAGCAUAAACAUGGAGACAGAGGGGGCGCUGUACAUUGGACACAGAGACAGUGAGUCUGAAGAAGAAGAUGUGGAGGAUGUAUUUGUGGAGAGACACACGUGCAACACUUGGCCUUCAAAACACCACCACAGCAGAAAAGGUCAGCACAGACGGACGAGCCACAGCUGCAGACAGGACACCUACGUGGACUUCCACUACACCAUGCCAAGUACAGACAUCGAGGAUUCAUGGCCUAAGGACCACAGCCUGGUGUACCACUCCCUGCCCAGACCGAUCCACUAUCCUGAGCCCCGUCAUGCUAAGGACAACAGUGCCUGUCUUAAUCUGAGCAAACACAGCUCCAUGCCGUCCUCAGAAAACUUCCCCACCUACAUCUACCUGUGCCAUGAGGACGAACCUCCAGCCCCACCUCCUGGACAAUGCUGCCACUCACAUUUUGUCGACCCCCUUGCUGGACUGUUAGUUAGAAACAGCAGCUACACCCAGAGCAAACCUGUCAAAGACAAGAUGGUUGACGUCCCAUCCGGUGACGAAAUGAUCAAUCUGUCUCCAGCUCCAGGCGGCCCUCAUGUCCCUAAAACUACCGUGAUAAAAACUGAUGAGUACGGAGAGCAGUACAUCGACCUGGGACCUGCUAGUACCAGAUUUAGAGAAACAAAGGAAGACAUCAUUAAAGAGAAUCCAAUAAUGCAGAAACCACCUGAACCUAAAGUGGAGGACGUGACACUGACCAUGAACAAAAUGAUUGCGCCCCCUGCUGAAAACGUGCAGGUUAUGAUGGUUCUUGUAGAUCCACAGUCAGAGGUUAGUCAGACUGGAGACAGUGGGCUGGGUCAAGACAGCUCCAGUACUGGUCUGGUUGACAUCCUAGACUGCAGUGACGAUGAAGAGGACGAGGACAUUACAGAAGACAUCACUGACGUUACCUCAGGAAUCUUUGUCGACGACUCCAGUGAGCUGAACGCUUCUCCUGCCUUGAAGUCACUACAGAAGCAGGUCGGAACUCCUGACUCCAUGGACUCCAUCGAUCUACCACCUGGAGUCUGUGAAGGCUUCAGCCCAGGCUCCUCCCACCCUUCGAGCUCUCCCAAAGCUCUGGACAGUGGCUACAACACCGAAAACAACCAGAGUCCCGAGUUUGUGCUCAAGGAGCCUCAUGAAACCACUGAAGAUUCUCAGGGAGCCCCAACCCCUGAUCCAGGACAUCAGGGGCCACAUGAGGAGCCACAAGAGGAGCAGAAGGAGGAAAAAGAGGAUCAGCCAGAGGUAGUAAGUGAGGAGGAACAACGGGAGAAAGUAGAGGAGGAAGAGCAGAAGAAAGAGAACAACCAGGAGGAGGAAGAAGAAGAGGACAAGCUUGGAGUUGAUGCCACAGUUCUGAGUCAUUCUUCUCUGUCAUUGGAUGAAGAUGUGUCCCAGACAGGUGACCACAUCUUCUUACCUCUCAGUGAUAAAACUCCAUACCGAGAUUCCGCCUACUUUUCUGACUACGAGAAUGAGAGGGUUUUGAAGGAUGAAGGAGCAGAAGAGCAAUCAGAAGUCACUGAGGAACAAAUUAAAGAACCGGAAGGUGAACAAAUGAACAACAAAAAUGAGGAAAAGAGCGAAGAGCCCUCAGCAGCAGGGACCGAAGAGGCUGAGGAUGAGGAAGGGUCUAAGUUUGCCCAAACUGCUUCUCCAAUAGAGGAGGAGGACGAUUGGCCGUCCCAGGAGGAGACGUCCUCUCUGGGAGACUGGGCCGCAGAGGUGGUGGUCGCCAUGGAAGAAGCACUGGGAGCUCUUAAUGAAGGAGGUUCUCUCAGUUCAGAGGUAGAAAAAAAGAAGGAAGGAGGUGCCAGGGCCGAGUCCAGUAAAACCUCAGCACCAACAAAGGAGACUGUGUCCAGGAGCAGUCAUCACCGGACCUCAGCAGAAACUCUUCACGCUUUACCAAAAGAUGAGGUGGCUCUGCAGCACUCCGCCAACGCUCGGCGCUUUUCCUCUUCCUCCUCUACACCUCCAUCCACACCUCCUCCUCCACUUGGCGUCACUGACGGUCAAGGUCCUUCAGCUAACGGGGAGGAAUGGAACGAGGAACAGCGUGCCAACUCUGAUGACAGCGAUGACUCUGACGAGGAGCUGCAGUCGUAUGCUGUACAGGAGGAGAGCGAGGACGAUGAGGAGUGCCACCUGGUGCCUAUCGUGGUGAGCGAUGACAGCCAUGUCCACACACUCCGCAGCCUCCUCAAGACGCCGACCACACUGGUAGCAGACAGUCAGGAGGAGGCGCUGAAGAAGACGGUGUCUUUCUUUGAUGACGUCACCGUCUAUCUGUUCGAUCAGGAAAGUCCGACGCAAGAGCUGACCGAAAACUGCUUUCUCUUGGAAACUGAGGGUCAAAGGUCAGAAAACAGUUCCAAAGAGAAGUUGAACACCUCCGAUGACUCAUCUGACGGGAACGUGUCAGAAGAGAGUGCAGGAUACGAGUGGGAAGACGACUUUUCACUCCUGCCUUUACCAACUUCUGCUGUGACGUCCGAUUCUCCUCCCAAAAAUGUCAUGGUGGACCCCCCCCACAGAGCUCCAGUAGCAAAGCAGGAGACAAAGAUGUCGCGAUUCACCGUUUCACGAUUUUCCAUCACUCAUGUCUCUGACUCUGAUGUGGAAUCAGUCGGAGGUAGCAGCGAGGACGGGGACAAAGAAGAAUGACCGGACUUUGGGACUUCCCUCUGCAUGAUUUCCAGUCCAUUUUUUUUUACGUCAGGUUUUAGACACAAAGACAUUGUGUCUCUGACUGCUGUGGACACUUUCACCACGAGGACACACUGGAGUCUUUAGAUAAAAACACUUCAUAUAGAUCAGUAAGAUUUUAAGAUUAUUCAUGAUACAAAAUAAAUGAACGCAGGUGGUUGGUUGAUUUGAAUUUUGCACAUUAUCUCAGACAUGAAAUUGUUGUGUUGCCUCGUGUUUGUCACUUUGUCCAUAACUUGUUUUUUAUGAUGAUGAUGUGACGAAAACUUCUGGACAAACUGGAGCCAUGUCAGGUCACUGGCUUUGGGGGGGAAAAAACAUCAGGAUUUUGGACAAAACUGCAAGUCUUUGUGUCUUCAAGACAAGUGUCUUGAUAAAAAAAACCUCCCACAGAGAACGAUGGUGUCAUGUCAGAGAGAGAGGAAGAUCUGAAGCUGAGGUUUCUGGAGUUUUGUUGUAAAACGAAGUACUUGACAGUGUCGUUUCACAUAAAAAAUAUUAUAU